AAGGAUCUGUGCAGUUUGAAAUUCUUGCGGGGCGCGUCUUCAUCUCCGUGGACUCUCCCCCUGUGAGCGGAAAGAUAGGACCGCUGCUUUCUUUUGUCUGGCUUCCAGAUACGCGGCUCGACUGCAGGACAGUCCGUCUUGUGCCACAGCGAGGUGGCAGCUGGGCUACCGCAGUGUGUGUGCCCAGUGUGUAGCUUCGACGAAGUGGAGGAUCCCCAGCCGCAGUGAGCCAGGGGUCUCUCCGUGAGGCGCUGUGAUCACGCCGCGCUUCCCACCGGCUGCGAGACGGGGCAGCCGGGCUGCACGGAGGGGCUGCGUUUCCUCCGGCCGCGCGGCCGGUCGCCGCAGGCGCCGCCACCAGCGCCUGGCGCGAGCCCCCCCAGCCCCUCGGGCGGUAGCGCCGAGAGCGAGCCGAUAACAAGGAGGCGAGGUGUUCAGCGACCGCAUCGUGGGGUGUACGUGGGUGUGACAGGCUCCUUCGCGGGACCGUGCUCCAGAAACCAAGGACUACACGCGGCUGGGAGCGUCGAAGACAAAAUCAUCACUCGCGCACCUUCCGUUAUUGUCUCGCCUGAGACUCUCCCGACCGACUUCAGAGUCUCUCAUUUACUGUGGGAUCUGCUCUUGUGUAUAACCUCCCCCCUCACACACACACACACUCGCUCGCUCGCGAGGAAGCCCAGCUCCCCACAAUGUUUGCGGCGCAGCAAGGUCUCACCACGGUCCUGGAUAUGGGGGGGUCGGGCGCCCCUCCCCGCAACUGGAAGGGGAUUGGCAUCGCCGUGGUGGUGAUCCUGGUGGUGCUGUCAUUGGUCAUCAUGUCCAUCAUUCUGCUCAGCCCCGACGAUUCCCGCCUCCUGCAACUGUCCCGUCUCACCCUGGAAGACCUGGAGAGCAAGGAUUUCAGAGUCCAUGACCCCAUGGUGGCCUGGCUCAAUGAUCACGAGCUCACGCUGCGGACCAGGGAGGGCCACGUCAUCAAGCACAACGUUAACACAAACCAGGUCUCGACGCUGGUGGAGAACGGCACCUUUAUCAACCUGAAAGCCACAAGGUUCCAAGUGUCUCCAGACCAGAGGUUUGUGUUACUGGCUUACAACGUCCAGCCGGUGUACUCACAGUCCUUCACAGCCUCCUAUGCCAUCUACAAUGUGGGCACAGGGGAGAUCUCUGAGCUCAACCCCCCAGAGGUGAAGCCCUCUGUUCUGCAGUUUGCUGCCUGGGGACCCCAGGGGAACCAGCUGGUGUAUGUCUUUGAGAACAACAUCUACUAUCAGCUGGAUGUAUCCAGUAGCGCCCUGCGGCUCACUUCCACUGGCAGGGAGGGGCUGGUCGUCAAUGGAGUGUCUGACUGGCUCUACGAGGAGGAGGUUCUUCUGACAUACCCCGCCCACUGGUGGUCAGGUGACGGGGCGCGGCUAGCCUACCUAACGAUCAACAACUCUGCCACGCCCACAAUGGAAAUACCUCAGUUCCUAGGUGGAGUGUACCCAGCCAACAUCUACUAUCCUUACCCUAAGGCUGGGUCCCCCAUCCCCUCGGUCGGUCUGUUCGUGGUGAAUCUGUACGGCCCUGCUCACACCCUGGAGAUGAUCCCUCCAGACUCCAUCAGAGCCAGGGAGUACUACAUCUCCAUGGUGACCUGGGUUAGCAGCACCCGAUUGGCCGUGCGAUGGCUGAACCGGCCCCAGAACCAAUCAGUGCUCACCGUGUGCGAGGCCACCACAGGGGCAUGCUUAGAGAAAUACAAAUCUGCUGUGGAUGUCUGGCAAGGCCCAGCACAGCAGGAGGCGCCACUCUUCUCCCAGGAUGGCUCCAUCUUCUACCUUACCCUGCCAGCCAAGCAGGGGGCCCGUGGCGAAUAUCGCCACGUUGCCACGCUGGCAGCCCAGCAGCCAGCGGUGCCCUCCACCCCGUCUCGAUUCCUGACCUCCGGAAACUGGGACGUGACGUCUCUCUGCGCCCUGGAUGAGGAGGGGGGGAAAAUAUACUUCCUGAGCACAGAGGCGUCCAAGCGCAGCAGGCAUCUGUACAGCGCGGACAUCACCGGCGUCUUCCAGCGGCGCUGCCUGACCUGCGACCUCCUUCCCAACUGCACCUUCUUCGGGGCGAGCUUCAGUCCCCAGAAAACCAGCUUCGUCCUGCUCUGUCAAGGGCCCGGCGUUCCUAGAGUGAGUGUUCACAGCACAGACAAGCCCCACAGAUACUUAGUCCUGGAAGAGAACGGGCAGCUGGAAGAGGCCUUGGAGGGCAAGCGGCUCCCGGUGACCGAGUUCGAGACCGUCCCGGCCGACGGACACGACCUGCAGCUGAAGCUGGCUCUGCCCGCGGGGUACAAGGGGAACCUGCACCCCCUGCUCCUCCUGGUGGACGGGAGACCGGGCAGCCAGUCAGCGACGGAGCAGUUCACUCUGGACUGGGCGACCUCGCUGUCCAGCUCUCUGGGCGUGGCGCUGGCUUGGGUGGACGGCAAGAGCGCCGGAAGCAGAGGGCAAAGGUCACAUGCGCUCGAUCCCUACAGCCUGGGCUCCCUGCAGGUCAAGGAUCAGCUGAGAGCCGUGGAGUGGCUGAUACAGCGGCCUUACAUCGACCAGAGACGAAUCGCUCUGUACGGGAAGGGCUUCGGUGGGUAUUUAACCCUGAAGAUGCUGGCAGCGACAGAGCAGCGGUUUAAAUGUGUGGCAGCAGUGGCGCCGAUCACAGACUUCCGGUUCUACAGUGCGGCAUUUUCAGAACGCUACCUGGGGCUGCCAGCCAAGGAGGAGAGCUCCUACUCUGUGGCCUCUCUGCUGGGGGAAGUUCACAAGCUGAAGGGCGAACACUUCCUGCUGCUCCACGGCACGGCCGACGCCCGAGUCCACUUCCAGCACACCGCAGAGCUCCUCAGCAGCCUGGUGAUGGUGGACGCAAACUACUCCCUGCAGAUCUACCCCGACGAGGGCCACACCCUGAGGGACGAGCGCAGCGCCCAGCAUUUCCAGAGGACAGUGACCCGCUACAUCGGCAGCUGCCUGCACAACCCGCGGAGGAGGUCUUCCGAGGGGCCGGAGGACGAGUACUGACCCCUGCUGGAUCGGCCCGGACCACAUUGCCUGUGUCGAACCAGUGCUCCCAUGUUUUGGAGGAAAACCAGCUGAUGCUGCUCAUCAUUCCACUCAUGUCUCAGGAUCUGACUCUGGGUUUCCCGUGUGUCUGUGCGCGUGCGUCUGUACCAGUUGUGGUGGAACGGCGGCGCUGACGGGCCCGGACUGGGCCAGAGCCCCCGGAACCUCCCUGCCCAUGUUAGCGCUUCCGGCCACAGUUUUUUGUGAGAAAGAGCCGAGUCCAGUCUGGAGGGAUGGGGGGUGCUUGGGGGGAGGGGACUGCAACCCACAACAUCUAAGACCAUCAGGCAGCUUUUUGGGAGGCAUUUUUUAAUGAACAAAGAAAAUAUAAAAAAAUGAAUUCUUGCACGAAUAUCAAUACUAAUCUACCUCUUGCCAAAGCAGAGAAGAGGUAUGAGUUUUGCAACAGAGAGAGAGAGAAAGAGAGAGAGUUAGGAGUGAAUUUCACUUCUGUGUAGCAUAUCUACUGCUAUACUCUUUUUUUUGUAAAGAAAGCAAUAUUUGAUUGCUGUUUUUAAUUGCUUGAUGCCUGACAAACAAAUUGCAUAAUUGCAUUUAGGAAAUAAGUCUCAGAAUAGUACCUCAUUAGCUUCAAAAGUAAAAAAAUAACUUGCAUUUUCCAAUUUAUUCCUUGACUCUAUGUUACAUGUUCUGCAUGACUGCUGGUGUUUUUUUCUGCAGUAACUGGUAUUUAAAUUCUGGGUAGCCACUUUAAAAUUGCUAAGACAUCUUUAGCUUCAGUAUGUGAUAAUGUCCUUGAUUGUGUAAAUGUCAUAUUUAGCCUGUACACUUAACACUAUUCUGCAGAGCGAUUUCUGAAUUCUUUACAAACAGGCGACUGCGUGUCCAGCAGUUUUGUGAAGUUUCGAGAACAUGGCCUGACAAUAAUGGGAGACUAUUGGACGUCCACGGACAAUGUCUCUGUCCAGGGAUGUUUGUCACAAGCUUAUUUGCGUAGUUUUAUGGGGAUGAAGAACCCAAUUAAAUCUGUGCAAGGCUCUGAAGGCUUUUAGCAAGGUACUGAGACAAUGACAAAGAAAUGGAGAUAGAUGAGGGACAUACAUUGGUAGAAUGUAAAAAAGGUAUGAAAUUAAAAAUAGGGAGAAAACUAAUCUGAUUUAAAUAUGGUACCACAAUCCAGCUGUUGUUGAAACUGCAAGUUUGCUGUGGUUAAUGACCAUUUCAAUUGGCCAGUAUUAUUAGCAAUGGUUUUAUCUUACAUGUACAAUGAAUGCUUAAGGAGAGUGCAGUCAGCAUGCUUCUUAGUACACCCUCAUAGGAUUUGGCUGCGGUGCAGGAUUUUGUAAAUUUUUAUUGUUUAUGAAAAGUUAAUUAUAGUCAGAGUAAGACUUGAAGUCUUAAGCUUGAGCUGUUUUGAAAACAGCUGAACUGACAGGUCAGAUGGUGUAAAUAUGUCCUUAGCCACAUGGCCAUUUGACCAUCACUGCCUUAAAUUUUCACUUAAGGAAAUCCAAUAUGCAUUGUGCCAUUGUUUGUAGUUUUUAAGCGAUGCAAGAAACUCACCUUGGGAUAUCAAAUGGCUUGACUCCAGGUUCAUAUAGAUUCACGUCUAUGCUGUAGCUUCUUUUUCCAAGAGCUGAGGUGAUUGUCCAUCAUGCCCAGCUGGAAUGAAACAAUACUCACCAUUACGAGUUUGCAUGAGUCUGCCACAGCGCGCCCCCCAGUCACGACUGCCCACGUCCCCUCGGAAGAAGAGACCACACAGCUCCACCAGCCUGAGGCCAGUACUGCACGAAUAGGGCACUCACUCAGUUCCAGGGGUCAGGGGGUCAAGAUUUCCCAUUCAUUCCAGCUUCCUGUCAUAGGAUUAGGGGUUUGGUGAGGAAUCCCAAUGUUUUUUUUCCCCCAAUAGACUGCUGAACCAGAUACCGCUCUUUAUUCCGCAAGCUUUUUUUUUUCUUAAAAAAAAGGGCAGAAUUGGGCUUAGGUGUGGACACGCUGGUUGAAUCCAGAUUCUGCAAUGGAGUUCAAUGGAAGGGCUGCACACUGAGCACUGACCCAGGCCAGGCUACAUCAGAGGUACAAAGCUACAGUCCUUUAAGGCCAGAGUCCAGCGGGUUUUCUGGCUCUCUUUAAAGAGCCGACAGCUGAAGACCCCUGACAAGUGUUUGAUUGGUGCAAUUAGAACAAUUGUUAAACUAAACAGUGGAAUGGAAUGUAAACCUGCAGACACUGGGACCUUUUGCACCACCAGUCUAGAAGAGAACGAUAAAAAACAUCAGUUUAUUUAUUAUUGUAAAACAAUAUUCGUGUUUGAUGAUGGUGGAGAGGUGUUGCCUAAUGGUGAAAAACUUUUACACUAGAUUACAGGAUUGUGAUUUGGGGGUCCCGGGAGCCUGACACCUCCUUAUCAGCCCACACUGAGCUCUGGAGACUUCUGGAGGCCCUGUGCAUGAGUUCAACCAUACUGGAAUGACCUUGCUUUGAUAGUAACGAUAAUGAUAAUGCUCCUGAAUUUUAUCUUUCAAUAAAGUGUGAGUUCUAAUUUUUAUAUCUGUGAUCUUUUCUGUUUAAACUGUAGUUACAAC